GCAAGGCGGGUGUAGGGUGCAGGACGUGUGGGGAGGGAGGGAGGUGCCACACUCGAGCCCUGAGGCCCUGCUGGCCCCUGGGCGCAGGCCCAGCUCCAGCCCCCAGGGAUGGACCUCGUGGAUCCCGACAUCUUUAACAGGGACCCCCGAGAUCAUUAUGACCUGCUGCAGCGGCUGGGUGGCGGCACCUAUGGAGAAGUCUUCAAGGCUAGAGACAAGGUGACGGGGGACCUGGUGGCAGUGAAGAUGGUGAAGAUGGAGCCUGACGACGAUGUUUCCACACUUCAGAAGGAAAUCCUCAUCUUGAAAACUUGCCGGCAUGCCAACAUCGUGGCCUACCAUGGGAGUUAUCUCUGGCUUCAGAAGUUCUGGAUAUGCAUGGAAUUCUGUGGGGCUGGUUCUCUCCAGGACAUCUAUCAAGUGACAGGCCCCCUGUCAGAGCUCCAGAUUAGCUAUGUCUGCCGGGAAGUGCUCCAGGGACUUGCCUAUCUGCACUCACAGAAGAAGAUACACCGGGACAUCAAGGGAGCCAACAUCCUCAUCAAUGAUGCUGGGGAGGUCAGACUGGCUGACUUUGGUAUCUCGGCCCAGAUUGGGGCCACGCUGGCUCGACGCCUCUCUUUCAUUGGGACACCCUACUGGAUGGCUCCAGAAGUGGCGGCCGUGGCCCUGAAGGGGGGAUACAACGAGCUAUGUGACAUCUGGUCCCUGGGCAUCACAGCCAUAGAACUGGCCGAGCUGCAGCCGCCGCUGUUUGAUGUGCACCCCCUCAGAGUUCUCUUCCUCAUGACAAAGAGUGGUUACCAGCCCCCCAGGCUAAAAGAAAAAGGCAAAUGGUCGGCUGCCUUCCACAACUUUGUCAAAGUCACCCUCACUAAGAACCCCAAGAAACGGCCCGGCGCCACCAAGAUGCUCAGUCAUCAGCUGGUGUCCCAGCCCAGGCUAAAUAGAGGCCUGAUCCUAGAUCUUCUUGACAAACUGAGGAAUCCAGGGAAGGGGGCCCCCGUGGUCGAGAUUGAAGAUGAGGAGCCUGAGGUGCCCCCUGCUGUCCCUCGGCGGAUCCGGUCCACCCACCGGGCCAGCUCUCUAGGGAUCCCAGAUGCUGACUGCUGUCGGCGGCACAUGGAGUUCCGGAAACUCAGAGCGAUGGAGUCCAGACCCAUAGCCCACACGGCCCACUUACAGCCCCCUGGAGACUUCAGGAGCAGCAGCCCGAGGAGGCAGCUGUCAGAGUCCGACGAUGACUACGAUGAUGUGGACAUCCCCACCCCUGCAGAGGCCACACCUCCUCCCCUGCCUCCCAAGCCCAAGUUCCGUUCUCCAUCAGACGAGGGGCCCGGGGGCACCGGGGAUGAUGGACAGCUGAGCCCGGGGGUGCUGGUCCGCUGUGCCAGUGGGCCUCCCCCUCGAACCCCUCACCUCGGGCCUCCCCUGGCCACCCGCAGCCCCCACCUAACUGCCCAUUCAGAACCCUCACUCUGGAACCCAACGCCCCCGGAGCCUGAUCAGCCCCCAUUGUUACCACCGAAGAAGGAAAAGAUGAAGAGAAGGGGAUGUGCCCUUCUUGUGAAGUUGUUCAAUGGCUGCCCGCUCCGGAUCCACAGCACAGCUGCCUGGACACACCCUUCCACUAAGGACCAGCACCUGCUCCUGGGGGCAGAGGAAGGCAUUUUCAUCUUGAACCGGAAUGAUCAGGAGGCCACACUGGAGAUGCUCUUUCCCAGCCGGACUACCUGGGUGUACUCCAUCAACAAUGUCCUCAUGUCUCUCUCAGGAAAGACCCCCCACCUGUAUUCGCAUAGCAUCCUGGGCCUGCUGGAACGGAAGGAGACCAGAGCGGGAAGCCCUAUCGCUCACAUUAGCCCCCAUCGGCUAUUGGCGAGGAAAAACAUGGUCUCCACCAAGAUCCAGGACACCAAAGGGUGCCGCGCUUGCUGCGUGGCGGAGGGUGCGAGCUCGGGGGGCCCGUUCCUGUGCGGGGCAUUGGAGACGUCUGUGGUCCUGCUUCAGUGGUACCAGCCCAUGAACAAGUUCCUGCUGGUCCGGCAGGUGCUGUUCCCGCUCCCGACGCCCCUUCCAGUGUUCGCGCUACUGACCGGGCCAGGCUCCGAGCUGCCCGCCGUCUGCAUCGGCGUGAGCCCGGGGCAGCCGGCGAAGUCGGUGCUCUUUCACACCGUGCGCUUCGGCGCGCUCUCCUGCUGGCUGGGCGAGAUGAGCACAGAACACAGGGGACCGGUACAGGUGACCCAGGUAGAGGAGGACAAGGUGAUGGUGUUGAUGGACGGGUCUCUGAAGUUGGUGACCCCGGAGGGAGCCCCAGUCCGGGGGCUUCGAACUCCAGAGAUCCCCAUGACUGAGGCUGUGGAAGCCGUGGCUAUGGUCGGGGGUCGCCUCCAGGCCUUUUGGAAGCAUGGAGUGCAGGUGUGGGCUCCAGGCUCAGACCAGCUGUUGCAGGAGCUGAGAGACCCCACUCUCACCUUCCGUCUGCUUGGCUCCCCCAGGCCUGUGGUGGUGGAGACACGCCCAGCAGAUGACCCCACUGCCCCCAGCAACCUCUACAUCCAGGAAUGAGUCCCUGGGGGGGUAUUGGGAACUACGCCCUGCGCCCCCAUCCCCAACGAACAUACUUAGUGGUUGUGACACCCACUUGUCUCCCAAUAAACAUGACUCCAGCCUCUAC